AUGUCCGCCAACGGCGGCAGCGCCCACGGCUUCGAGCUGCCGUCGCCGUCGGCCUCGACGCUGGCGACGGCAGCCGCCAUCAGCAACUUCACCUUCAACUACGGCAACGGCGAGAGCAGCAGCAGCAGCAGUCACGUCCGCAGCAAGAGCAAACACGACAAGAGAGCUUCCGCACCGGCCCCGGCGCCUCCAGCUACCGCUGCCACUACCGCAACAGCGACCGCCGCCGCCGCCGCUCUCCUCCCCGCUCGACGACCGCGGCACCAGAUCACGCGCUCCAUCACCGAGAUCUCGCCGACGCUUAGGAUGCAUCGGCACCGGCACAGUCACCACCACCACCCGACGCAGCACGCACUGCACCUCAACGCCCAGAGUCGACGGGACCGGGACAGGUUGCUGCUGCUGGACGAGAGGACGCCGGGCCCCGGCGCGGGCGGGCGGAGCUCGCUCGACAUGACGAGGUCGGAGCAUGUGACGCCCAGCAGGAGCCCGGAUUCGAGCCGAAGGACCAGCGCGCUCGUGGGGCCGAUGAUUGGGGGCGGGGAGAAUCCGGCUCUGGUUACGCCGCCUGGAAGGACGAGGAAGGCCGACAAGGUGGCCACGCUGUCGGAGGAGAAGAACCGGACCGCGAGCCGGGCGACGGGCCUAAAGAACUCACUAAUCGAGCUCAGCGGAUUCUCGACGGCGACGACGCGGCGGCUCGACGAGACGUAUUACUCGGUGCUGGAGAAGAAGAGCAUGCUGCAGAGCACCAUCUCGGCGAUCCAGGAGCUGACGGUGGCCUCGCGGCAGCUGACGGGCGAGUUCGUGGAGCAGGCCGAGGAGAUGUCGCGCGACGUGGCGACGCAGCUCGACCAGUUUGGGCAGUUUGGCGAGCAGGAGUCGCGGAUCGAGUCGCUGCAGGGCCGGAUCGAGGCCGGGCGGACGCGGAUCCAGGGGCUGAGCGAGCGCGUCGACGUUGUGAGGCGGCGUAUCGAGGGGUGGGAGAAUGCGGACCGCGAGUGGCAGGAGAAGACGCGCAAGAGGCUGCGGACGAUGUGGAUCGUCAUGUCAGUCGUGUUCGCCGUGCUGAUACUCUUGUUUGCCGGGGCGCAGUACCUCGGCGGCGGCGGCGGCGAGAUGGAUGCCGGAAAGGGGUUGAAGGGCGUUGAGAGAGAGCUCAACAGGAGUGUGGGGGUGCCGGGGAAGAAGGGGGCGAGGGAGAAGCCUCUGCCGCCGUUGUGGGAGGAUAGGAACAGGAGGGAGGAGGAGGACCGGUUGAGGGUGUUUGACGAGCUGUGA